UGGGGGAGACAGCAGUCAGCUUUGACUUUGGCCCAGCGACAGAACUGAAGACCCGACAACGCUUGGGGGUAUCUACUCUCCAGGAGACCCUCCCUGUCUGGCCGUAGUGGGUGUACGUCGUCAAGGGCAAUGGAGAUGUCAUGGUGGUGUAUACAAGUCUGAGGUUUACAAGGAACGAGCAUCUCCCAGUGCAGGGCCCUCUGAUGAUGUGUCCACCUGCUGAUGACAACUACGGCCUGGACGCAUGCACCAUCCGCUGUCUCAACAUCUCUCCGCCAGUAGUUGUCAUAGCAACUUGUGAAGGAAAACUACAUCACUGUGUGGUCAUGGCAACCGAGGAUGACGACAUAUCUAUUUCAGGUCACUCCAGCCUGGGCCCUACUCCAAACGCCAGCAUCUACGAGCCUGUGACAGAGCCGACUCUGUGGGUGUACGAGAGUGUUGAACUUGAACUGUCCCUCACAACAACUGACAUCAACGAUGAUCUGCCAAUUGAAGAUGAUUUUGCCUGUCCGAUACGAAUUAUUAAAGAUCCGUGCACGUCAACCCGUUACCACUGUUGCCAUGGUGCUGGAGUCCACAGCGUUGCUUUACCGUGGCUCAGCUGUGUGCACAGGUUCCUCACAGCUAAUAACAAUGAAUCAAGUCUUCCUCACAACCAGGAGUGUGUGGUGGAACACUUAGUCUGUACCAAGCCACUCCCAUCCAGCCCGGCUGCUCCAAUUCUUGGCCUCGACAUCAUCACCGAUCCAUCCUUGUCUCCAACACUGCUGACCUUGACCAGUGACUUUGAGUUUGUCGCACUGCCCUUGAGCACCAAGAGCAGCAGUCUGGAUGAACCCAGGUCCUUGCUGUCAGACUCCCCAGGACCAGCAGUUACCUCCCCUCUCCGUCAGCUCAAUCGGGAACCAUUCGACCAACACAUUGCCAAGAUUCUCCUAAGAAGCUCCUCACAUCCAGUUCUCAAGUCUGGCCCCAAGUCAGAGUUAUCCCAACAGGAAUGCUUCCAGCUGCUGACACGAGCCACACAGGUGUUCAGGGAGGAGUACAUACAGAAACAGGACCUGGCCAGGCAGGAGAUCGAGACCAGGGUACGGAUCCUCCAUGAACAAAAGAAGCAGCAGCAGCGUGACAUCAGCACCCUCAGCCAAUCUCGCAACAUCCUCCAGGACAAGGGGGAGGGGCUUGCUUCAAAGUUAAACUCAGCACAAGAAAGCCAGGAAUCAUUGCUCAGGAGAUUGGAUCACAUCAUGAGGAAGAUUCAGUCGCGGGUGCCGAUGUUGUCUGACGCUGAGAAACACAUGUUGAGAGAGCUGAAGACAAUCAAGGGGAACCUGGACACAUUUGCUAAAAAGCUGCAGCAGGUGAAGAUCAAGCAGGACUUUCAGGCACGGACUGCUGCAGGCGACCGACAAGGCCCAGGAAGUCCAGCCAUACAGAAGGCUCAGAUCGGUCAGCUGCAACACAUUCUCAAACAAGAGGGAGAGGAGAUUGCUGACCUCAUGAAGAAAAUCACACAGCUCAAGAUGGAGACAAACAGCUGAAGUGGAAAAACUGACAUUGAACUAAAUAAGAUGGAGGCAAGACUGUCUGUCUACUCUAGUGAAGGCUGCAGGUCCACUGUUACUGUAGGACCACACAUCUUGAUCAGAGAUCAUAGUGUACCAGUGGUUGAUGUAACAAGUAAUGAAGCAGCCAGGAGCCAUUGUGGGCUGUCUAAAUAUGUGACUCAGCUUUGUAGCGAUUGACCACACUUCAUACUUCAUGCUCUUAAUUUUAAGGUAUCCUGGAAGAUGACAAUCGUGUCAGUUUUUAUACAGAUCAUUCACACCCAUGAAGAUCCCGGUUAGAAUUGAUCUUCAGUAGCCCAUGCUUGUCGUGAGAGGCGACUAACAGGAUCAGGUGGUCAGGCUCUCUGACUUGGUUGACACAUGUCAUCAUAUCCCAAUUGCGUAGAUUGAUGCUCGUGUUGUUGAUCACUGGAUUGUUUGGUCCAGACUUAAUUAUUUACAAACCGCCGCCAUAUAGCUGGAAUAUUGCUGAGUGGGUUGUAAAACUAAACUCACUUACAGAUUAUGCACAAAAUGUCGAGGAUGUUCAGCGAGAUAAUUGUGUGAUGUGUCGCGAUGUGAUGUCACCAGUGCAUCAUCGCUAUGUUGGAUGGCCGAUGUUGACCACUUUUCUGGCCGCUACUGACGAUGCUGCAAGCAGUACUGUGAUUGUUACAUUAAGUGUUUCACAACCCUGUAUAUAGUGAAGAAAUACAUGUUGUAUCUUGUA